AUGGAUGAAAAUAAUCGCGUCAAACCUCCUCUUGAUCCAGUUAUUUCAGAUAUUGAAUCAGUACCUCAAUCUUUGGGAAAAGUGAAUGGCAAAGCUAAAAUUAUGAAUACUCCAACAAAGAGUACAGAAACUGUUCAAAGCCUUUCCCAAGUUCUUCCACAGUCUGAAGAUGCAACUACUGAUGAUGCUUGUGUGUCAGAUGAGCCUUUUGAACGUGAAGUAAAGCCAAUGGAUAUUAUGACAGAGCUUUGUAUUGACCUAGAAGGCAAGCAUAGAGCUCCCAAAGUACUAAUUGAUACCAUUGUGACUAAAGUCCAAGACCUUCUGGAACAGGACUUAUUUUCUGAAGAGAUGACGUCAUUAGAUGAGGCACAGUUAGACAAUCCUCCAUUAGCAUUGGGAAAAAAAGAAAAUUCUAGGCGCAUGAAAUUAGAGCUGCCAAAGUUAUCCAAUGUUUUGCAGCCUUUGCUGAAUGGAGACAUUUUGACAAAAAAAGACCAUUCCCAGCUGAGCUCAAUUUUAAAAGAGGAGUUGAUUACAUUUUUGAAUCAUGAAGAUUUGAUAUGCAACGGCAGCACCUUGCGCUGGCAAUAUAGGGACUUGGGAGAGGCUUUGGUAGAAAAGUAUCCAAACAUGUUGUGGGACGUGCCAAGUGAAAGGCAGAAGAAGGAUAGAAAAGAAAAAGCUCCCAUUUAUGCUGUUUUUAUAAGGCGCCUCAGUCAAAGAAGAAAAAUGCAGCGUUUGCGUCUAAAGGCCAAAAAACAGAUAGCAGUAAACAAACCUUCUAUGGAAGCAGCAAGGGAAAGUGAAUUGUCUUCUGAAGAUGCCGUGUCUGAAUUAAAGUCAGUCACAGAAGAAGCUGCCAGGAGUGAUGCAAAUACAUCACGGAUACAGGAACUGCUAAAAAAAUCGUUUGACAUUCGCAGAAAUGAUGAUGUCUCUGAACUGCCAACAUUUCUACUAACACAAAAAUGUCUGGAAACAGAAGUUGAACUGAGACUAGCCAACUCAAUGCCUGAAAUGGAGCAGAAAUUGAUGGAGGCAUUGAAAAAUAUGUCAAAUGAAUUUUCAGUUCCUGGAACAGUAUGGGAGCUUGAAAAGAUUAUGCAAACUAAAAGAGCAACUUGGAGCGCAGUUACAAUGGGUGAUUACAGCUCUGAUCAAAAAAGACCAGGACCAAGUCUCUUUUUUGGAAGUACGAAGACAUUGGUGAUCGGCCACCAAAUGGUUCAUUUAGAUGAAAACUGCUCCCUGGAAAAUGCAUGUAUUUUGUUGUUGGGGAUUUAUUUCAUCCUAAAUCUAAAUUUCCCAUCAGCAUUUGGACAAUUUUUAGGUGUGAUCCAGAGCAUUGUUGUGGAAAAAGAAAAAUUCCCAAAACAAUUUUCAACGAACCAGUUGCUGCAAGUAACCAAGAAGCUGUGUACAAAUAAUUAAUA